CCCUGGGGACUGCUCCAAACAACAAGGAAAGAAGCUCCCUGGGGCCCUCGGGUUGGGACAACACGCACAAGGGAGGGAUAUAAAAGCCCCGGAGGCCGGAGGCCAAGAGCUCCUCACUCACAGCCUCACUCACUCAGUCACACCCUCCUCCCACCUCACCUUCCACCUCACCCCCACCAUGGCUGCAUCCACCAUGUCCGUCUGCUCCAGUGACCUGAGCUAUGGCAGCCGCGUCUGCCUGCCUGGUUCCUGUGAGCCUUGCCCUGACCCCUCCUGGGAGGGGGACGACUGUCCCGAGAGCUGCUGUGAGCCCCCCUGCUGUGCCCCCACCUGCUGCCAGUCUACGUGCUGUGCCCCACCCUCCUGUGCCCCAGCCCCCUGCCUGACCCUCGUCUGCACCCCCGUGAGCUUUGUGUCCAGCCCCUGGUGCCAGGCGGCCUGUGGGUCCAGUGCCUGCCAAUCAGUCUGCACCGGCUCCUGCGAACCCUCCUGCUGCCAGCAGUCUAGCUGCGUGCCUGUCUGCUGCAAGCCCGUCUGCUGCAAGCCCGUCUGCUGCAAGCCCAUCUGCUGCAAGCCCAUCUGCUGUGAGACCACCCCCUGCCCAGCUCCCUCUUGCUGCCAGCAGUCUAGCUGCCAGCCUACAUGCUGCACACCCUCCCCCUGCCAGCAAGCCUGCUCCAUGCCGGUCUGCUGCAAGCCGGUCUGCUGCAAGCCCAUCUGCUGUGGGGCUGCUGCCUGUCCCUCCUCCUGCUGCAGACCCUCCUCCAGCGUGUCCCUCAUCUGCCGCCCCGUGUGCAAGCCUGCCUGCUGCGUGCCCACCUCCUCCUGCUGUGCCCCCACCUCCUCCUGUGUGUCCCUGCUCUGCCGUCCCGUGUGCCCCCGCCCAGGCUGCUGUGGCCCCUCAUCUGGUCAGAAGUCCUGCUGCUGA